AUGGAUAAAUCGGCGCCUGAAUCCCCACUAAAAAUGCUGCUCAACUCCACACCACGACAGACGAGCAGCUCAUUAACGCAACUGGUGAAACAACCACCACAGGCUGGGAUACUGAUGCAAACACCUGUUCCGACCGGGCCACAGGAGGCGAUCAACUCAGUGCUUGUUAGAAACUGCGUGGCAACUGUAAGCGUGGGCUGUGAACUGAACCUUAAAACUAUCAACUUCCGUACGCGCAACUCGGAGUACAACCCGUCCCGCUUUCACGGUGUCGUCAUGCGGAUACGUGACCCCCGCUGCACCGCACUGAUCUUUCGCUCGGGGAAAGUCAUCUGCACCGGGGCGAAGAACGAACAGCAGGCCCACCUUGGCCUUCGCAAAUUCGUGCGCAUUAUCCAGAAGCUUGGCUUCGACGUCAAGUUUCUCGACUUUAAGGUGCAGAAUCUGGUGGCGACGGCCGAUUUGCGGUUCCCGAUACGGUUGGAAAACUUAAACCAAAUGCACGGCCAGUUUAGCUCGUACGAACCGGAGCUGUUCCCGGGGCUUAUCUAUCGGAUGGUGAAACCGCGGGUAGUGUUGCUAAUAUUCGUCAACGGUAAGAUCGUGUUUACGGGUGCCAAAAAUCAGCAGGAAAUCAUCGAUAGCUUAAGGAACAUCUAUCCGAUACUGCAGAGCUUUCGUAAAAAUUAA